AUGGUUGAGGAUCUGAAGAGGCUACUGCUUGUUGUUCUUGCUGUCCUCUGGCUGCUCAGCUCAGCACAAGCAGGGAAUACAGACAGACUCUCAGGGCAUCACUGCACUGACUUCCAGACAGCAAAUUUCCUACGGGGCAGUAAACUUAAGGUCCAGUUUCUUCUGUUCACCUCCUCAAGCCCCAGCUGUGGAGAGCUGAUUUUAGCUGAUGAUGGUAUCAAGAAUGGCAGCUUCAAUAGCAGCUCAGAAACCAAGAUCAUAAUCCAUGGCUUCAGGGCUUUGGGUACCAAGCCCUCCUGGAUUGAAGGGCUUGUCCAAGCCAUACUGAACACAAGCUGGGUGAACGUGAUCGCAGUAGACUGGGUUUAUGGGUCUACGGGAGCCUAUCCCUCUGCAGUGGAAAAUGUCACACAGCUGGCCCUCUCCAUCUCACAAUUCAUCAGCAAGCUCCUGGCCCUGGGGGUCUCAAGGACAUCUAUCCACAUCAUUGGGGUAAGCCUUGGUGCGCACGUUGGGGGCCUGGUGGGGCACUUCCAUGGCGGUCAGCUGGGACGGAUAACAGCCCUGGAUCCUGCAGGCCCUAAGUACACCAGAGCCAGCCCUGAGGAACGCCUGGAUCCUGGGGAUGCCCUCUUUGUGGAAGCCAUUCAUACCGAUGCUGACAAUUUCGGGAUCCGGAUUCCUGUAGGCCACAUCGAUUAUUUUGUCAAUGGAGGCAAAGAUCAGCCAGGAUGCCCCCGAUUCAUCUCUGCAGGCUAUAACUAUCUGAUCUGUGAUCACAUGCGGGCUGUACAUCUCUAUAUCAGCGCUUUGAAACAUUCCUGUCCAAUCGUGGGGUUUCCCUGUGCAAGUCAUCAAGAGUUUUUAAAUGGUCAUUGCCUGGACUGUGCAGAACGCUUCCUGUCCUCCUGUCCCAGAAUAGGCCUGCUGGAGCAGGCAGGUGUCAACAUGAGUAAGCUGCCCAAGGAAGUGACAGUUUAUUUAAUGACCGGUCCUUCAGCCCCAUUCUGCGUCUAUCACAGCCUGGUUGAGUUCCACUUGCAGAAGAAAAGAAGCACAGUCACCAGCAUUGAGAUUACUUUCUUCAGCAACAGUACCAAGGACACAGCAAAGAUCACCAUACCUACGUACCAGGACAUGGGCAAACGGCUGCUGGCCCACCAAGUUCCCCUCUGCCAAAUAAACAGCGUGACACUGAAGUAUAUCCCAAGAAAACGGUUUUGGAGAAGGGAUGAGCCAUCCAUUGUUGGCAAGUUCUGUGUGGCGCCGCUGCCUCUCAAUAGUAGCCGGACAAUGUCAUGCCUGCCCUGGAACCUCACUCUCCCCAGCAAAACAGACAUCUCCUAUGACCUACCCACUACUUGUGCCUAGCACUGCCUUUGGGAUACAGAAAACCAGAAAGGAGUCCUAAACCUAUUGCUGCUCUCUGCUCACAGGUGAUACUUUCACCAUAAAUCUGGAUGGGUUUCUUGCUCCCUGCAUGGGGACAGGAUAUCAAGAAAAAGAAGUGUGUGGAAUGUCAGCAAGUACAAGGUUAAAUGGUUACAGCAAAACCUCUCAGUUAAAAGACUGGAUUGAACUUUUAUCUCCCAGGUUCUGUAGCCAGCUCUGAAAGUGAGACAGGCAAGUCAUUUAUCUCAAUGUUUGUAUCUAUGUGAAAGAAGGAGGAGAUAAUAUACUCUU